CGCUGUCAAACUUUGACAUUUCUUCAUUUCAUUUCAUUUGUGUAUAGACAAACGGACAGUCGGUUCGCUACCUGCAAAUUUGUGAUUUUUUUCGUGUUUUUUUCUCGUCUUUUUUUCGAUUUUUUCCACACCAUUUUUGUAUAUAACCCGUUUUCUUUGUCAUGCAUAUUUAACAGUUUUAGUCCUUUUGAUACAAAUUAAUUUGAAUUAUACCACACAAACCAAAAUUUCUUCUACCUGACGAACCGAUUAAAAUCGACAUCAGACGAGUAUACGCGAUAUCGUUCAACAAGACUAUCAAUUUGUUCGAAUAAAGAACAUUCCAAAGAUGGCACCAGAAGAUGAUCUUGAUUUGCCACAGACACAAAGUCAGUCGCACAACACACAAGAUCAGGUAUUCUCACAAGAUGCCGACGAGGGCAAAGAUGUUUGGGGCCGUUUGAUUGCCAAGCACAAAUCAUUCAAUAAUUUCGAUCUGACAAGUGACACAUUUACUGCUGGCCGAGCUACCAGCUGUGAUUACAGUUUAUCGGCAGAGCAGAUCAAGCAGAAGCUCCUCGUGCAAAUGUCAAAGCGACACUUCCAAAUCACACGAAAUCUCACAGAAGUCGACAGUCCUGUGUAUAUCGAGGAUUUGUCUCGAAAUGGUACAUUCGUUAACGAAGAAAAGAUUGGACUGAACAAAAAACGCAUUUUAGCCCACGGUGACACCAUUGCGAUUGCAAUCGCAAAGAUGCCAGCAUUUCUCUUCAGAGAUCAUCGUCGACAGUCUAACGAUUUGCCGGAAGAAAUUGCAAAAAAAUAUUACAAGAGCACAAAACUCGGAUCCGGCGCAUGUGGAACCGUUUUUCUUGUGUACAAAUACCGUACGUGCCAGAAGUUUGCAAUGAAACACAUCAAGAAAAAUCUUUUAGUCGAUUACAAAACCGAUAAGUCGUUGAAUGAAGCGCGAAUCAUGAAAAGUUUGACGCAUCCGUGCAUUGUGAAAAUGCAUGAAAUUGUCGAUUGCUCGGAUUCUGUAUACAUCACAUUGGAGCUGAUGAAAGGAGGCGAAUUGUUGACGCGCAUCCAAAAGAAGCGAUACCUAAGCGAAUCCAACGCAAAGGUAUUCUUCUACCAGAUGUGCCAUGCGAUUAAGUACUUGCACGAGCGCAAGAUUACUCACCGAGACUUGAAACCGGACAACAUUUUGUUGGCAUCGGCAGAGGAGAACACGUUACUCAAGAUCUCCGAUUUUGGCCUCAGCAAAUUGGUUAAAAACAACUCUGUGUUGAAGACACUCUGCGGUACACCACUAUAUGUUGCCCCAGAGGUGUUGUUAACGAAUGGAAAAGGUGAAUACACCGAGAAGGUAGACAUCUGGAGCUUGGGAGUAGUCCUCUUCACGAUGCUCUCAGGCACGCUCCCCUUCGCAGAUGACUAUGGUAGUCCAGCACAAGAGCAGAUCAAAACAGGAAACUUCCAGUUCAGAUCGAGCAACUGGCGACAUGUAUCGAGAACGGCAAAAGAUCUCAUCAAGGAUUUGCUCACCACUGACGUGAAAAAGCGGCCAUCCAUUGAUCAAUUGAUACAAACGAAGUGGCUUCGUGACAGCGACAUGAUCACGACGGCACACAAUAUCAUGGGUUUGAAAGUACCCCAACACUAUCAAACAAACGCUACGCGAUUGGCAAUCCACGCACCGCGCACCACUGCCAAUUCGGGCUCAGAUCACGGCUUCUUACGGCCAUACGCCGUUGACAUUGACAGCGAGAAUAUACAACCAUCAAAAAAACGCCGGUUACACUAAGGGAAAAAAAGAAAAGAAAAUUUCGCACGAAUGCAAUGCCAUACGCCAGAUGAUUUGCAUGAUUUAUACGAUCAUAGCAUUCUUUUCAUUUGUGAUUUACGAUUAGUACAAUUUAUACACGUUCAUUCAGUUCAGAAAGAGUGAACAAUAACCUCACAUACAAACAAAGAGAAAAACUAACCAAAACGUACAAAAACCUUUGAUAACAAACAAUUUUUGCCAAAAAACAUUUAUCUCAGAACAAUGACUUAAGUCAAGAAAGCCCAGUAUUGAUAUUGUACAAAUAUCGCAUAACAACAAAUAGUAUAGCAAACAUUUUGAUAAAAAACAAAUCGGAGAAAUUUUUUUUUCGAGAAAAACAAAAACAAUAGGGUCAGAAUACGGAGUUGAAUUAAAAAGAACGAAUAUUUUAGGUUAUAACUAGGCUCUAGAUUUUUCUACCUACAACCAUGACAUGACGCAAUGAAUACAUCGGUUCCAGGGCAAUAGUUCUACCGAUUGAAGAGAUCAGAUCGACGUACAGAGAAGGAAACAUUUUACUAUGGAAAGGAAAAUGUAUCGAAUCAAAAAUGUUAGCUUCGCCUUAAUUAGGGAUUUAAUUGGAAAUACCAUACAUUGUCGUGCAAUUCGCAUGUAAAUAAAUUUACCAAAAAUUA